AUGCAACAACUGUCGCCCGUCUCCAUGAAUUUUGCCGUGAGGAAGUAUGAAGGGACCGAGAAACUCCUUGAAGUUUGGUUCUUCUAUGAUGAAGACCGGUUUCCACUUCGUUGUGCGCAUCCGGAUCUUCGCAAACUGAAAAGAGCCCAAAUCGAUCAACUGUUAAAAAUGGCUUGUUGCGAAAUUGUUGCAGAAUGUCACAACAACCGACAGUUCAGCUUUGUCCUUAGUGAAAGCAGCCUCUUUAUUACUCAAAACCGCAUUAUUCUGAAAACCUGCGGCCAAACCAAGAUUCUCCAGUCCCUAAAACCCCUCAUCCAAUGCGCCAUGCACCUAGGCUUCGCAAAAUACGUUGUGUAUUACUCUCGACGGUCCUUCUUGUUUCCCGAGCUGCAGGCCGAACCGCAUGGGGACUUCAGAAAUGAGAUUUCAGUCCUUAACAGGUUCUGCAAAACGGGAGCUGGUUACACAUUUGGCCGUUUGAACGACGAUUGUUGGAAUUUCUAUUAUGGUCAGUCAACCUCACUACAAGUGAAUGAGCCUCCAGGUCAAACACUUGAGCUAAUGAUGCGUGAUCUGAAUCCAGCCAAAAUGGAGGUCUUUUACGCGCGCACUUCACACUCUGCUGAGGAGGCCACUAAACACUCAGGCAUCGGAAAUCUCUUCUCUCACGGGCAGGUGUCCUCCUACCUCUUCACGCCAUGUGGCUACUCUGCCAAUGGGCUCAUGAAUGAGGAUGAGUAUUUCACCGUUCACGUUACUCCCGAGCCCGAGUUUUCCUACGUCAGCUUCGAGACAAACGUGGCGAUGGGCAACUACUGUGCAUUCAUCUCUCGUGUUCUUGAAAUCUUUCAGCCCAAGUCGUUUAUCUGCACUUUUUUCUCUGAUCCGAUGUCUUCAACGUUCUCAACUCACGCGAUUUUGGAGAAGGCGGUGACGCUGUCUAAUUACUGCCGCAGUGAUUUGCACUCCGCUUGCAUGGAGUGUGGCCGCAAACUCACCUUUGCGAAGUACUUCCGCGCCAGCAACCAGUUGGAAGGAGCGGAUGUUAUGGUGCUGACGAAGCAGACGGACUUGGAAGUGAGUGGUCUGCUGACUUAG